AUGUCAUCAUCCAUAAUCACACACCAUUCAACAUCGAUAGUGGAUACAACACAUGUCCAUACGGAGGAGUCGGACGAAGUUCAACUAUUGAAAAAGCACAACAAUACAAAUAUUAGUACAUCAAAGAGAUCGGAUCUUUCAAACCAAGAAGGACGAUAUUCAUGUUGUUUAAUGAGGGAUAUUGCUAUUGGAUUGUAUUCGCUUGUAUUUUCAUUGAGUAUAAUUUUCAUUGCCGUUGUGGCUAUUAUUUGGAAGGCUUCAUCAUCAGAUUGGGCUCAAGCCAUGUUGGAUACACCAAUUCCUAGUUAUGUAACCAGUGUAAAUUCUAUUCCAUCUAGUAUUCCAUAUUCUGUUUCAAACUCAACACAAGCUGUGACUGUACAGGAUGCAGAUUAUGGAAUUAAAUUGUAUGGAAAUGUAUCAUUAUGUGCUGAGUGUUAUUAUAGACCAUUUGCAACAUUGGAUAUGUUGAGUCAAUACUCAAUUUCUCCUCCAUGUGUCAGUGAACAGAAUUGCUCUUUCUAUGGAGUUAGAAGUCAGGAAAUCCAAAACAGGAUUUCUACACUAGGUGAAAAUUGGUAUCAAAAUUGGGAGCCUGCAAAGAAGGUAUUUGUGAUUGCAUUCCAUCACGGUGAACGUCUCUAUGCACCAAGACAAAAAAUUGAUCAAGUUGUUUUUGAACUUAUUGGACCAACAAAUACUAAUUUCAGUCUUGUAAUUUCUACAAAUUAUCCAUAUCAAGAACAACAGAAAUUUUUCAUUAGAGUUCAUCCACGUGUUAAGGUGAGGAAUAUUCUCAUUCAUGGAGCUUCUAAAUUCCCAGUUCCUUACAAACUUGUUGCUAAGGAAUUCAGUGACAGAAAUUAUAUCAAGACUAUCAAUGUUACUUCUUUGAGUAAUGUUACAGAUAGUGCCUACUAUAGUCCAGAGUCAUUUGUUUCAGCUCUUAAAUACAAAUACCCUGAUAUUGAAAGCUACACUCACUACAUGAUGUGUGUCACCUCACAUAUGUUUGAAAUUAGACAAGGUGGCAAAUGCUAUUCUGAAGUUAAAUCCUUUGCUAUUGAAUUUUUGUGGAUUACUUACACUGUUUGUGGCAGUUUCUUGGUGUUAGCUUUUGUGAGUAUGGUUGCCUUCUUUGUUGCCUCUUGUUGUGCGUGUAAGGAAAGCUUUGCACAACCAGAAAGAUUAGAAUAA